AUGGCCUCUCAAAGAGUUCCUCAAUCCGAUCGCACCGCCAACCGCCUCGCACAAUACCAACAACAAAUCUCCCCCGCCCCGCACUCCAAACCCUCCCCUCAACCCGCAAAACCACCCACCAUGGCCACCCGCGAUCCCAUCACCUGCCAUUGCCUCAACACACUAUCCGGAACACCGGCAGCCAAUCUGCCCGUGACGCUGACCCUCCUCUCUACCGGGUCAGCCAGCAGCGGUGCCACAUUCCGCGCAACCACGAACGCCGACGGCCGUGUCGCCAACUGGUCCCCAGUCGGGACGGCUUCGGAGUCCGUCCCGGCCAUCUUGGCUGCCUUGCCUGCUGCAGAUAGCAAGACCAAUUGGUCUGUCCGCUUUGAGGUUGGGCCCUGGUACGAGGCUCAGGGUAUUGAGAGCUUCUGGCCGGAGGUUGAAGUCAAGUUUACGGUUAAGGGACGGGGACGUGAGGGGGAGGAGGGCUGGCGCCAUUAUCAUGUGCCUGUUCUUUUGGGUCCGUGGAAUUAUUCGACGUAUCGGGGUUCGUGA